CAUGGCGUAGUGAGCGGGGCGUGCAGUCAACAGUAAGCAAGCUUCCUUAUGCAUGUGCACCUGCAAUCGGUUUCUAUUGGGUGAAUCGUAUCUAUCUCAUGGCGACAUAUAUCUCUCAUUGCUGUGUGAUUCGACCAGAGGAAUGCAACGUGCUUUAAUGCUUUGUGGCAAGUGAUAGAAUGUUCCUCUAUUCAAGAUCACUGAGCUAAUUGUUGUGAUGAACUACAUCUCCUUUAAUGUACACAGACAGAAGCCAUCAGAUGAAUUAGCAGCAAUUAUACAGGCAUGGAUUCAAACCACACAUAUGGACCAGUACCUACAGACGACCCCAGUAAAAUCAGAUGGGGUCUGAUUCUCCUCUCCCUCACUCUUUCUCUGUUGGCUGUGCUGACCACCACGAUGAACUGCUUGGUCAUCACAGCGAUCAUUGUCACGCGCAAGCUACACCAUCCCGCCAACUAUCUAAUCUGCUCUCUUGCUGUGACUGACCUUUUGGUGGCCAUAUUAGUUAUGCCCUUCAGCAUAGUCUACAUCCUGAAGGACACGUGGGUCAUGGGUCAAGUAAUGUGCAAUGUCUGGUUGAGCGUAGACAUAAUAUGCUGCACAUGCUCCAUACUGCACCUUGCAGCUAUCGCUGUGGACCGCUACCGUUCCAUCACAAAUGCUGUGGAGUACUCCAAGAAAAGGACAUCUCUACGGGCCGCUGUCAUGAUCAUCGUGGUGUGGCUCCUCUCUAUAGUUGUCUCACUUCCUCCACUGCUCUGGAGACACUAUAAAACCAAAAUAGAAAAUGAGUGCAUCAUUAAGCACGAACACAUUGGCUUUACAAUUUACUCAACAUUUGGGGCAUUUUACAUUCCUCUGAUUCUCAUUCUCAUUCUCUACUAUAAGAUUUACCAAGCAGCAAAGACGCUUUAUCACAGGAGAGGGACCAACUGCCUCAACAACUCAGAGAUGAACGGACACAUGCUACCAAAGUGCAGCGACAGGGAGCCUACGACUCCCGACACUCUGAACCCCACAGAGAAAUCGGUGUCUGAACCCUCCACCGAAUGUGACAAAGUGCGCAUUGCUGUGAAAAGCACAGAGUCUCAGUCUCGUAGAGACAGGUCUGUCAGGAGACAUCAGAUUUCAAGCACUCGUGAGAAGAAGGCGGCGACCACCCUGGGGCUUAUACUAGGGGCAUUUGUUAUCUGCUGGCUGCCGUUCUUUAUCCAUGAGUUGAUUGUUAAUAUCUGUACCUCCUGCCAACCCUCUGCUGAGAUGUCUAACUUUCUUACUUGGUUGGGCUAUCUUAACUCCCUCAUCAACCCACUGAUUUACACCAUCUUUAAUGAGGAUUUCAAAAGGGCUUUUCAAAAGUUAAUCAAAUGCAAGAGUUAUCUCUAACAAAGAGGAAAAACAUUAUCUGUGAUAAUGUAAGAUGGAUGAAAUGAAAGGUUCUCAAGGUACCAUUUGGGGGUUUCCAGAUGCCACACAUGGGGGUUUCGUAGUUCCUAUAACUAUUGGUGGAAGAACCUGCUUUUUGACGUGUUCAUACCCACAGGAAUUCCAAGACAUGAACAUACAGAAAGCUAACGGUAACAGCAUUUCCCUGUCAUUUUUUAUGCAGUGUUGGGUUCUGCAACCUCUAUGAUAUGUGGACUGCAAGUUUGUGUAGGAAAUUGAUUGAAUGCAGUGCUUAAAUGAUAUUGCAAUCGGAUGUCUUAUGUUACUUCAGAGGUCCUAGAGUACUGCCAGCGUGAAUGGGACCAGGAAUGACCCUAGGGCAGGGUUUCCCAAAUAGGGUUUACAAACCACUGGUGGUUCGCAAGGGAAUUGCAGGGGGUUCCUGAGUUGGGAUACUGUCUGUCUACAAUUGUACAUACAAGUUGUUUCCAUUACUUUGAAAAAAGUUUAAUUGCAAAGAAAUGUUACAGAUUUAACAAUAACAAGUUUGUGAAAUACUACUACAAAUUUAUGUUACGUAAAACCUCAGGGGGUACUUAAAGUAUAAAAUUAAGGUCAAAAGGGUUCGGCUGUCAAUAAAGUUUGAAAACUUUUUAGUUGGCGAUGUUGCACCCUGGUGGCUUGUUCAUAUGACAGAUUCCUACACAGUCCAAAACAUACUAAGAUACUUUUAACUAGAUGCUGCAUUAGCAGCUGUUUGUAUGGGCCACUAUAUGUAGAUCGUCGGUCAUAUUGGAACGGUAAGAGAAGGUCUGUGAAUUAGUGUGCCCAAAUUUUUUUUUUUCCGGGGAAUUGGAGUACUUUUAAUCUGUUGCUAUGUAAAGAGUGUAAGGAUUUCUUAUCUAGCUGUCAAUUUAAAGAUGAUUUUAUUUCUGAAAGUGAAGGUCUGUUAGGCACAAUAUGCUAGUGAUGUUACACUUUUUUUUGUUUCACAGAUCUGGCAACCCUGAAAGCCGGUCCAUUUAUAUUUAAGUGCAAGCUUUAGUAACUUUAGUUAUGAAGUUACAUAUAUUAGUAUUUUUAUGAAAACGUAUUUACUGUGGUUUAAACGCAAAAAUUAAAUUUGCUUAACUUACAUGUGACAGCAAAGUAAGGGUAUUCCAUUUUUAUUUAUUUUAAGUCCCUGUGGUUUACAACGCCUUGGCUGCAGUGUUUUAGAAUUUUUGCAAAUUUUGAGUCACAUCAGUGGACCUUUCCAACAUGGCAGAAACAUCUAUUGUAUGUGUCUUGAGCAAUCCAAUGCAACAUAUAGUUAUAUAUAUGUAUGGUGCAAAAGUCCCCAAGGUACAAGGUUUCUAAAAUAUAUACUCUUAGUUCUUUCAGAUCCUUGAAAUGUUUCUUUUGUAAACCCAACAUGAGUCAUUGAUACACUUUAAAAUUUGUAGUGCGUUCCAAAUGGGAUAUAUCGCCAUCCGAAGGGCAAUUUGGAGUGAAAAUAAUCAAGGUUUCCUAUUGGAGAGUCAUUCCAAACCGAAGUGCUCAUAACUGGCCACUUCAAAAGGCACUUCGGAAUUAAGGAUUUCGAAGGGAACAACUGAUGGACACUUCGCGCCACCAUGAUUCUUGCGAGGCAAUGGCGCCUCCUCAUGAACACAGGAUGAUGACGCAGAAGGGCACUUCAAGAAACAGUUGUUUCGUCCCCUACAACCUUCAACUCUUUGAAGAUCUCACUCCGGAGGGCAAACCCUUUGGGCAUAGGGAUGAUCCCUUCGAAAUGGAACGCAGGGUUAGUUUAAGUUUUGCCUGGAGGUCUCAUAGGGUUCACCAGUGUGGCAUUUGAAGAACCCCAAAUGGUGCCUCAAACUACCUACAGUUUAUGACCUAAUACUGUUAAUAUUAGAAAAUCCGUGGUAUUAAUUGUAAAUGAAACAAAGUUAAAGUUCAGGGCUCUUGCUUGAGGUAUUGUUGGAAAAGCUCUUGCAGUAUACGGCCACUUACAUCAUGGUCCACCACAUAUCGGAGAUAUAAAACCCUUAGACUGUUCCACAAGAGUGAUUGGUACUGGGACAUGAUCCCCUAUGAAGUUGAGUGUGUGUAAAAGUAUGCCCUGUAAAACCUAUGUAAAGUACUGGCGUCUGCUAUAAAACUAUGAAAACAACAGUUUGUAGCCAAAUGACUUUCACUUUUGAUAAUUUUUUUAAAUAGUUUAUUGUUAGGUAAAAAUCUGUAUAUGCAACUAGAACUGAACUAUAUUUUUGUGGCUUAGGCAUUAUAGACUUUAAAGUUUGGUGAGUAAGAAAUGUGAAAUCACUUUUUAUCUGGAGAAGAGACAUUAGGUUUGAAACUUUUAAUCUUAAACCAAGAAUAUAUUAACCGUGUCAUGUUUAAUUAAUAUUACUACUGUAUAUGUAGAUAGGGACUGGCACAAUUAAAUUGUUUAUGUAACUUUGUCUCAUACUAUUUGCAAGGCAAAUAUUUGUUAGGCAGAAAUGUUGUGCAUUUGUUUGGAUAGUAUGUGUUUUGUCUGAUAGAAUCUUUGUUUCCUAAAGUUGCAGAGAGACCAAAGAAGUAAACAGAGAAUUGACCUUCAUACAUUCAAGCUCUUAGAAAUGUAUUGUCUGACAA